CGCAAGCUGUCCUUCACCACUCGAGUUCUUGGUCUCCGACUUCCCCCUCAAUUUAUCUCCUCGAACAGUUGGGAAAUUGUGUAAACAAUGGCGAAUUUCAAGAACCUUUUCUUAUCUUUCUUCUUGGUCGUGGCCCUUGGCCUGGCUCUCGUCCACGCCAGUGAGCCUCGUGGACCUAAGAUUACCAGCAAGGUCUAUCUCGAUAUUGAGCAUGGCGAUGAGAAAUUGGGCCGAGUCGUGCUUGGACUGUACGGCAAGACCGUCCCCGAGACAGCAGAGAACUUCCGUGCCCUCGCUACUGGUGAGAAGGGGUUCGGAUAUGAAGGGUCCACCUUCCACCGUGUGAUUCCGCAGUUCAUGAUUCAGGGUGGUGACUUUACCAAGGGUGAUGGCACCGGAGGAAAGUCUAUUUACGGUGCGAAGUUCAAGGAUGAGAACUUCAAGCUGAGACAUACUAAGAAGGGAAUCCUGAGCAUGGCCAACGCCGGCAAGGACACCAACGGCUCCCAGUUCUUUAUCACCACCGCCAUUACUUCUUGGCUCGAUGGCAAGCACGUCGUUUUCGGUGAGGUUCUAGAGGGCUAUGACAUCGUCGAGAAGGUUGAGAGCGUCCCGACGCGCGCUGGCAACAAGCCCACAAAGGACGUCAAGAUUGUUAAGAGCGGCGAGCUUGAGCUCGAGGCCGAUGCCAGCGCGGAGGAGGAUGAUAGCAAAGGUAGCCACAAAGAGCUAUAGAGCAGUUCCCGGCUCCGUACCCGCCAUAUCAAAAAAGCCCCGAUGCUGAUGGGUUGUGUGAUCGAAAGCUAUGCCGAGCAGCAAACCGUCUGAACCCUAUGGACCGUCCCAAGCAACUGAUGCGACGGCCACUUCCGACCACACUUCCAUGUUUCCUAGAGUCGCAAUGCUCGUCGUUGUUAUUGGUGUGGUUGUGCUUUUAGUGAAGAACAAGAGUAAGUUUAAUGGCGCUUACAAAAAGGAAGAGGAAAAGAACAUUGUCUAGAAUAGAUGGAUUGUUCAUAAAUUCGUACGCUCUCUACAAUAUUCAUGAAGUACCCUAUUUCCGAGUACUAUCAUCUCCAAAUACAUAGUUUACCAAGCCUCGUACUUCGCCCAGGGCUCAAGUCGGAUCGCAGCCUCGAUGCCCGAGUGGCAAUAUCGGUCACAUGACAGGCGGUGGCAAGUUUAGGUUAAGAGCGCAU